CACACCGCUCGCUGCCCCACCGCUGCCUCUGGCCUGGCGCGGCCCUCACAUCCAGCCCGCUCCGCAGCUUCUCUCCGCCGCGGCGCGCACAGCAUGCCUCAGCGCGCACAGAAGACGCUGCCCAGCACGCCCGGGCCCUCCACCGCCAGUGGCAGCGGCUCCGGCGGCGCCCACGGCGGCGGCGGCAGCGGCCAUGGGCACGGCACACCGGCGCCCGACGAGGCGCCGCUCAUCGCCGCUCCGGGCACGUACGGCAUCGCAGACGUUAUCGUCGGCUGCAAGAUCUUCGUCGAGAAGCCCGACCUCGCCACGGCCGAGGUGGAGCAGCGCCUGGCCGAGAUCCUCUCCGUGCGCGAGCGCCCCAAGCCGCGCCGCCUCGGCGCCGGCGCGGCGGCCGCGCGUGCCGAGGACGAGGCCCGCCCGGCAGAGGAGAAGCUGGAGUACUACGUGCACUAUGCCGAGUUCAACAAGCGCCUGGACGAAUGGGUCUCGGGCAAGCGCCUCAUCUUCACGCGCGAGAUGACUUGGCCCAAGCCCGUGGCGCCAGCGGCUCCACCCGGCACCGGCACUGGGCGCAAGAAGACGGCGCGGCCGAGUGUCUCUGGAACGCCGGGCACUCCAGGCACGCCGAGCGCAGCGCCCUCACGCACGGCGAGCAGCAACCUGCUCAAGAAGGCCGCCAUGGCGGCCGCGAGCCAGACGCAGGAGUCGCUCGACGGCAGCAGCAGUGUCGCUACGCCAGGGCCGCUCCGUGCGGCUGCCAGCGCGCCGUCGCCGCAAACGCCGUCGCGCGGCAGCAGCAGUCCGGCGCCCAUGACGCCCGGCGCCGACGGCGACGUGGAGAUGGACGACGGCGACACGACGCACGGCGGCGUCGGCGAGCACGCCGCCGUCGUCACCGUCGAGAUGGUGGGCGAGACGAGCGAAGCCAACGCGGAAGAGGCCGGCGAGGCGGCGUCGGUCAACCGCGAGCUGCAUCCCAACGCGCGGCCGGGCGUCAAGCAGCCCGGCACGUUCAGCAAGGCGGCCGAGAUUGAGAAGCUGCGCACGUCGGGCAGCAUGACGCAGUCGGUGCACGAGGUCUCGCGCGUCAAGAAUCUGAAUCGCAUCCAGAUGGGCUCGCACGAGAUCGAGACGUGGUACUUCAGUCCCUACCCGAUCGAGUUCGCCCACGUCGACACGCUCUACGUGUGCGAGAUGUGCCUGUGCUACUUUCCGACGGCCUUCAUCAUGGCACGCCACCGCAAGAAGUGCGGCAUCGUGCAUCCGCCGGGCAACGAGAUCUACCGGCACGAGGACAUCAGCUUCUUCGAGAUCGACGGGCGCCGGCAGAAGACGUGGUGCCGCAACCUGUGUCUGCUAAGCAAGUGCUUCCUCGACCACAAGAGCGUCUACUACGACGUCGACCCCUUCCUCUACUACGUCAUGGCGCAGCGCGACGAUGCCGGCGCCCACAUCAUCGGCUACUUCUCCAAGGAGAAGGAGAGCGCCGAGAACUACAACGUGGCGUGCAUUCUGACGCUGCCGCAGCACCAGCGCGCCGGCUUCGGCAAGCUGCUCAUCGAGUUCAGCUACGAGCUGACGAAGCGCGAGCACAAGCUCGGCAGUCCCGAGAAGCCGCUCUCGGACCUGGGCCUGCUGGGCUACCGCGCCUACUGGGCCGAGACGAUCGUGGAGCUGCUGCUGCGCACUGAGGAGGAGAUCUCCAUCGACGAGAUCGCCAACCGCACGGCCAUCGUCCACGCCGACAUUCUGCACACCUGCACGGCGCUAAACAUGCUCAAGCACUAUCAGGGCAAGCACUACCUCGUGCUCAACGACAUUGUGCUGCAGAACCACGAGAAGCAGAUGAAGAAGAAGCGGCGGCGCAUCGUGCCCGAGCGGCUCAACUGGGAGCCGCCGCGCUUCACUCGCGAGCAGCUGCGCUUCGGCUUCUGAGCCUGCCGUGCCUCACUCCUGCUCCAGCUUUCUCUACGCCGACCGUUCCUGGACAUGCCUCUCACCGUCACCGUCGCCUUGCUCGCUGUAAGCCUAGUUGUAAUCUAUCCGUUGCUGCU